GCCUUCAUGCAUCGAGCUCGAGGCUGUAUAUAUACAAGGAAGUGGUGUGCAGGAGACAGGAGGUGAAUAUAAAUCUCUGGCCAAAAUAUUGGAUGCUCCCACGGGGCUCACCAACUCUCAUUGUCCAUGAUCUUGUCCUUGUGCUGAUCAGCAGCACCUGCCUAGCUCCCCGCACGGUGUCCUUGAUUACCAGCUCCAUCUCGCGGAAGCAGGAAGCAAGAUCCAUUUGCUUGAGAUGAAUGGCUACUCCAACCUCGCCUCCUCGCCCCCUCCGCUGGCGGCGGUGACCAAGGGCGCCCGGGCCAGGCGGUCUCUGGAGCUGACCAACACCAAGGAGACCAAUGCGUGGGAAGGGCUGGCCAUCGGGGCGGUCACCCUCGCGAGGACCUUCUCCACCGGCUCCCAGAGGCUCUGCAGCAGGUCCGGCGACCGGGCCAGGGGCACCAUGAGGAGGGCCUUCUCCAUGCGGAGGCACCCGGCGGCGCCCGGCAAGGGCGACGGGUACUACUGGAGGAUCCACGACAUGGACGGGGACAUCGACCACGGCGGCGACCAGAAUGCAGUGCCCGAGGAGCGCGGCGACGAGGAGGAGGAAGGGAAGAAGAAGAAGGAGGAGGCGCGGCAGCGAGAAGAAGGCGAGGCGAAAGAGGGGGCCAAGCGGGAGCAGGGAACAGCGACCCCGGCGAAGAAGAAGAGAGGCAGCGGCAACAUUCUCAAGGCGUGCAAGAAGCUUUUCCGGUUGUGAUGCCCGAUCGGUCCACCGAGCCGCUCCCGCUGUAGCGAAAUCUAAGGAAUGCUUCAAUACUUUGUUCUCUUGUUACUUAUUAAUCUCUUGGUCAA